AUGCCUGGCCUACCGACCUCGGUCGAUUUGGACGAGUGCAUCUCGCGCCUCUAUAAAAAAGAGCUCCUGGCCGAAUCGGUCAUUGAGGCGAUAUGCGCCAAGACAAAGGAGCUUCUCAUGCGCGAGAGCAAUGUCGUCCACGUGCAGGCCCCUGUGACGGUUGUUGGCGACAUCCAUGGCCAGUUUUACGACCUCAUUGAAAUUUUUCGCAUAGGCGGCUAUUGUCCGGAUACAAAUUAUCUUUUUCUAGGCGACUAUGUCGACCGUGGCAUGUUUAGCGUCGAAACCAUUUCCCUCCUUGUUUGCUUAAAGUUGCGAUACCCCGAGCGCGUCCACUUGAUUCGUGGCAAUCAUGAAUCUCGAGGCGUCACUCAAUCAUAUGGAUUUUAUACUGAGUGCUCUCGAAAAUACGGCAAUGCCAAUGUGUGGCACUACUUCACAGACAUGUUUGACUUUAUGACGUUGAGCGUCGUGAUUGAUAACCAAAUAUUCUGUGUCCAUGGCGGGCUAUCUCCGUCGAUACACUCGAUUGACCAGAUUAAAAUCAUUGACCGCUUCCGCGAGAUCCCUCACGAGGGCCCGAUGGCAGACCUUGUGUGGUCCGACCCCGACCCCGACCGAGACGAGUUCUCACUAUCGCCGCGCGGUGCGGGCUAUACCUUUGGUGCACAGGUGGUGAAGAAAUUCCUGGCCGUUAACAACAUGUCACAUAUCCUGCGUGCGCAUCAGUUGUGCCAGGAAGGAUUCCAAGUGCUGUACGAGGACCGUCUGAGCACGGUCUGGAGUGCACCCAACUACUGCUAUCGCUGCGGCAACAUGGCGAGCGUGCUCGAAGUCAAUAGUGAUGGCGAGCGUUUCUUCAACGUGUUUGCCGCAGCGCCGGAGAACGAUCAGGUUAAGGACAUGCAGCCCGGCAUAGACAAGGCUGGCGACGGGAACGCAUUACCAGACUACUUUUUGUAA